AUGGAUUUUAACGCCGGAGUUCCUAUGUCCUCUCUUUCUCCUUUGAUGAAUCAAGAUGCAAUGUGGCAAAUGAAUUUGAGUUCUGAUGAAACAAUGGAAACUGGUUCUUAUCCAGAACGACCAGGAGAGCCUAAUUGUUCUUAUUACAUAAGAACUGGACUUUGUAGAUUUGGUUCUACUUGUCGGUUCAAUCAUCCUCGUGAUCGGGAACUGGUUAUAGUCACUGCAAGAAUGAGAGGAGAAUACCCUGAAAGAAUUGGUCAGCCUGAAUGCGAGUACUAUCUCAAGACAGGAACCUGCAAGUUUGGAGUAACAUGUAAGUUUCAUCAUCCUAGGAACAAAGCUGGGAUCGCUGGAAGAGUCUCACUCAAUAUGUUAGGAUAUCCUCUACGUCCGAAUGAGGCUGAUUGUGCUUAUUUCCUAAGAACUGGACACUGUAAAUUUGGUGGAACUUGUAAAUUCAACCACCCUCAGCCUCAACCAACCAAUAUGAUGGUUCCUACUUCAGGUCAACAGUCUUAUUCUUGGCCUAGAGCUUCUUUUAUUGCCAGCCCUCGAUGGCAAGAUCCGUCUAGUUACGCCUCCUUAAUUAUGCCUCAAGGAUUUGUACCGGUUCAAGGAUGGAACCCGUACAGCGGUCAGCUCGGUUCAGUUUCUCCUUCAGGAAAUGAUCAAAACUACAGAAACUUACAGCAGAGUGAGGCCAAUGAGCCAAGCUCUCAGUCUCAAGGGUCAUUCUCGGGUUUCAAUUCGGGAUCCUCUGUUCCGGUAGGAGGGUAUUACGCAUUGCCGAGGGAAAAUGUUUUCCCGGAAAGACCUGGACAACCUGAAUGCCAAUUCUACAUGAAGACAGGUGACUGCAAAUUUGGCACAGUUUGCAAGUUUCAUCAUCCUAGAGACCGACAAGCUCCUCCUCCUGAUUGUCUCUUAAGCUCCCUUGGCCUCCCAUUACGCCCGGGAGAACCGUUGUGUGUGUUCUAUACUCGCUACGGAAUCUGCAAAUUUGGUCCAAGCUGUAAAUUUGAUCACCCAAUGCGAGUAUUCGCAUACGACAACACGGCUUCAGAGACGGAUGAGGUUGUGGAAACAUCAAGUGGGAAUCCGAGAAGACUCUCUGUGACUGAAACAAGACAAGCAGCAACUACAAGCUCCGGUAAAGACACAACCAUUGAUACACAGCAGCAGUGA